UCGGGAACCCUCCAUGUGUCCCUGGACAAAGUGCAGCCCCUGUACCAGGCAGCCGACCUCCUCCAACUGAGCUAUGUGAAAGACACGUGCAGCAGCUACAUGGUGGAAAACAUGAAAGUGGAGCGCUCCACCUGUGUGGACCUGUACAAGUUUGCUGAGGUCUUCUCUGUGGACAUUGUCCACAAGCAAUGUCUGCAGUGGAUUGUCAGACACUUUACUGAGGUUGCCUCCAGUGAAAAGUUCUGCAGCCUGAGUGUCAAUCAGCUGACUGAGAUCAUCAGCCAUGAUGAGCUGGAUGUUAAAGAGGAGACAACAGUGUGGGAGGCUGUGGUGAGAUGGGUGCAGCACAGCAGGGAGGACAGACAGCACCACCUACCCAGCAUCCUCCCUCACAUCCGCUUCAACCUGCUGACCCCAGACGACACGGCAGCCAUCUUGGAACACCCCCUGGUCAAGGAGGAUCCUGGGAGUUCUGAGGUCAUCAGGAAUGUGGUACCGAGUGAAACCUCGAACCUGAAACCGAGGCUGGGGAUGACCACGGAGAUGGUUAUGCUGCACAAAAGUACCAAUAAGCUGUUCUCCAGGUCAAAUGAGCUCCUCUUCAUGAACCCUCAGAAAGGGAAGUACAUCAGCUGCAGUUACAGGUCAGAAGACAUACCUGAUGACGUCGUGUCCUUGACCGUCACCAGUGAUAACAACAUCUACAUCCUGACUGAAUCAGCAGGAGAGGAUGAUGAUGAUGAUGAUCCAGACAGUUUCCAUGAGUAUUUGUAUCACUAUAACCAAGCAAGAAAUGUUUGGGUACAUGCCGGUAUACCCAAAAUAUCUAUUGCCCCAACUGAAAGUGCAUCAGGGUUUCUUGUUGAAGUUGAUCAGAUUCUAUACUUUCUUGCUGAAGCUAAAGAUGGAGACGGUAUACAACAUGUACGAUUGAGAAAAUACAACCGGCACACGGAUCAGUGGCAGGAGUGUUUGCAGCUGGAACUUGACCGUGCAUAUUAUUGUUGCAAGAUUGCAUUGUCCUGUGAUCGGCGCCUCUAUUACAUCAUGGACAAACAGAUGUACUGUUACGACCCAAGGCAGGACACUUGGAGCGAACGGACCCCACCGUGUCUCGAAGAUGUUCAGGAAUGUUUCACAGCUGUUGCCAUGGGAACAGAGAUUUUCUACACGAAUUCUAAAUUCCAUCGGACUAUGGUGUACGACACAGAGUUAGACUACUGGACAGUAUUGCAUGGCUGGCCGGGACCUGGAAAACUUUGUCGCCCUCCGUAUCUUUUCGCACUGGAGGACCAGUUGCACAUAUUUGUGGAAGUCUCUGACAAUAACAGGGAAGGGUCUUCAUCACAGUAUCGCGUUUAUGUCUAUGACAGGUCUGUUGAUUACUGGAGAGACUUGAAGGCCACCCUGCCUGAUGAGACGUAUUAUUAUACUUAUGGUUCUUGUGCCCCUGUGGCACGUAUGUACCUGCCAUAUUUGCAGGAGAUUUAGACAAGCAAAUCUUUCGCUUUUCAGCAUUAAUGCGCAGGAUAAGGACAGUACAUGGCAGGACUGAUUCAUGACGUUUUUUUAGAUCUUGUGUUUGUUGAAUGCUGAACAACGGGAUAGAUGUACUAGAUUUUAUAUUCUAGUGGAAGUAAGAAGAUUUAUAGUUAAAAACAUUUGCUUCUUUCUUUUAGUAAGGGGCAUAUUUCUAUAAGAGACUAAUGAUCUCUGUCUUUAAGUCUACAGCAGUAAUUAGAAGACUUCAUUACCCUGCGUGCCUUCCUUGUUAGUAUACUGGGGUAUUCAUACAAACUAUUUGGUAAGGGGGUGGGGUGGAAUGGGAGACCUAGUUAAGUCACCAGGAUGGUACACAGGUAUCGUACCCUUUAUGGAACUUUUACCAUCAAUGUACACAUGAUUAUACUUGUAUGUUACAUACAUUAAUUUGUGUGGUGUGAUUAAUGUUCACUUUACAGUUUCGCUUACAUAAUUAGAUUGAUGCAGAUUAGAUUCAAACCAGUUUGUACACAUAUAUUUUCAUGUGAAAUGU